GUCUAUCCCCUUCAUUGCGAAAAAUCACUGAUGGCCAGUACAAGUGAUUUCCUCAAACAGAUAUAAAUAUGCAAUUGUCAUAUUUGAGGUUAUGAUGCAUGGAAUUUAUUCCUUCAUUUCUGUAAACUCCCGAAAAAUUAUAAUAAUUUAUAAAAGAAAAAACAAAAAAAGUGAGUGUCGAUGAUGGAGUCUCGGUUGAGCAAGAGUUCCGAGAGCGAUGCAGAUGAUGGCCCCAGGGUCGAGGGUAUUUCUAACUCUCGAAAAAGAUCCUACAAUUGCCCCGAGGAUGAGUCCCCACCAGAGGACUGUCCUCCACCUGAGAAAAAGCUUUCUGUUGCUUUUCGGAUGAUGCAAAACAUGGGAUACCUCCAGGGUCAGGGUCUGGGUAAAAAAGGUGAUGGUAUCGUCGAGCCGGUGAAAGCAUCUCAGCAGAAGGGUCGUCGAGGAUUGGGCCAUGACAAUUCAAAGUUCGUGGAGGCAACGUGUAAGUGGAAUCCCAAUGACGAAGUAGUCAAGGUAAAAGAGGACAUGUCCUGGAUAACCAACGAGGAGGAGCCACCGAGUGCUGAUGACCUGAAGGAUUGGCUGGCACGAGGGCCGCAUAAAGAAGUAAUCGACGACGAGACCCUCUUCUGCGAGCCUGAAAUACUCCAACAGGUAAUGAGCUGCAAAGCAAUAUUCGAUGACCUAGACAAAAUGGACAUGCACAGGGCAAGAACACGUUGCAAUCCCUUCGAGACAAUCAGGGGUGCGAUAUUUCUCAAUCGAGCUGCUGUGAAGAUGGCGAAUAUCGACAAAGCCAGUGGCUUUAUAUUCACCCAGCCCAAGGACUUCAAUCCCCAGGAUAUUCUCUAUUUUGCUGACGUAUGUGCAGGACCUGGAGGAUUCAGCGAGUACAUACUCUGGAGGAAGAAGUGGCAUGCCAAAGGCUUUGGUUUUACCCUGCGCGACACAAACGACUUCAAACUGGACGAUUUCUACGCCGGCAAUCCCGAGACAUUUCACCCGUUCUACGGUCCAAAGGACGACGGCAAUGUCUACGAUCCUGACAACCAGCAGGCCUUCCAGCAGCUAAUAAUGGAGCACACCAAGGGCCUAGGUGUGCACUUCAUGAUGUCAGACGGUGGUUUCUCAGUGGAGGGCAAACAGGCCAUCCAGGAGAUUCUCUCAAAGCAGCUGUACCUGUGCCAGUGUCUGGUUGCCUUGAAGAUUGUCCAAAGGGGUGGCAACUUCGUCACAAAAUUAUUCGACCUCUUCACACCCUUCAGUGUCGGCCUCGUGUACCUCUUGUACAGGUGCUUCGAGAGGAUCUCGAUAUUCAAGCCGAACACCUCGAGGCCAGCCAACUCCGAGAGGUAUUUAAUCUGCCAAGGCAGAAAGAACGACGUCAACGACGUAAUCAGUUACCUGGAGGAGGCAAAUGAAAUUCUCCUGAGGGGCGACAAGGAUGACGACGUGACUGAGCUAGUACCCCUGGAGCUGCUACAGGAUGCUGAUGAAUUCUACAAGUACAUAUUCACCUCGAAUAAUUCACUGGGUAGUAAACAGGUAGUAGGUCUCCUGAAGAUCGCAGUUUACUGCGAGGAUAGGACACUCGCGGAGACGCGACAAGCGCAGAUGAGGAAAGAGUGCCUGGAGCACUGGAAUCUCCCAAAUCAGAGUAGAAUAGUACCAAAAUAUCCGACACCUGGUGACAAGCUGGAGAACAUCGUGAGAGCAACGACUCGCCAGGCCAUGAACACACCUGCCCAAGUACUUACGAUUGACAACCUGGAGAGCACUAUAUUGACAAGACCCUGUGAAUUUUACUGUGUCCUGUGUGGUGGUGCUGACACGGCCAUGACUUUCUACCUGGGGAUGGGUAGAAACAAGGUCUUCAGGCUGGUUAAAAACACCUGGGAGAGAGCACCCAACAUUGAACUACCUCCAGAUACAUUUAUCUACGGUGAAAUUGUCCAGGAGAUGAGGGGCACACAGAGAUCCAUCAGAAAGACUGAGGCAUUGCACAUCGUCGAUGCUUAUUUACUCGGUGGUGAGGUUGUAAGUCACAAAUAUCUUCCAGACAGGUAUGCACUCAUCAAUAAAUUUUGUCAAGCCCUCUGGAAGCCUGAGUACAAACCCCCCAGCUCUUGUCCCGUUCGUGCCAAAGAGUUGCAUCCACUUGACAGAGAUCUUCCUGAGAGGCUCCGUUUGAGGCCCUGCACUUUAAAAAAUGGAAAAAAAACUCAUGGUUAUUAUCCUGAUGAGUCUGCAUAUCCCAGGAGAGCCACCAGCGAGUCGGAGCCUAUCUUCUUUGUACCUAAUACUGUUUUGUUUCUCAAGACAACCAAUCCACCCUGGAGGAGAGUCAUCAGCAAGCGCACCGGUUAUCAUUAUUUUUUUAAUCCUAAUAAUAAUGAGACGCAUUAUGGAUCGCGCAGACCUUAUGAUGCAUGUGCCAGCUUUCGUGAGACAUUUGUUCAUCGGAUUGAGUGGCCCUGGUUGGAGGAUCAAAAGAUCUCUAUUGAUUAUUUGUAUGAAAAGGUGAAAGAACAGUGCUCCGUUGAUAGCCCCAAUGACUGACAUCAAUCGGCAAUCGAUCAUUAGGGAAAUUUGAUUUUGGUUGGAUUAUUUAUCGUAUUCGUUUCAUUUUUCAUUCAUGAGUUAUGAGGGGAGAAGGACUUUUCUCACUCCUUAAAUUCAUUUUGAAAUAUUUUUUGACUGAAUUACAUGGACAAUUGCGAAAUAAUGAGUAAUGGAUAAUUGAAAAUUUAAUAUUACCCAUGAAUAAAUUGACAAUUUAAUUAUUUCAAAAAUUCUGAUGAGAUAUUGUGAGAAAAUUCGAUUGCAAGUGCUGCAAUUUCGAAAUAAAUGAUAAACGUAUGCAAUUAUUUCAUAGAAAGACUUGUUAUUGUAUUUAUCCCGAGACUAUUUAUCGAGGGACGAUAGAAAUGUCUAAACGUCUCUUCUGUAAAAUACUGUAUAA